AGCCGACACAACCCACAGCUGGGACUCACACAGGCCUAGCUACAUCCGAAACAGCGUGAAUGUGUCAAGGGGAAGUCGGGGUGCGAGGCACCGCUCAUGCUUGCACCGCCUGCGAGAUGACCGGGUGCGGACUGCGUGACGAGACGGCGCGGUGUCGAAGCGGAGCGGAAUCAGUGGUACAAGUCAAUAAAUAUAUGGGUUAACGCUCCACAGGCAGUUCCUUAUAUCGGAAAGGAAGAUUAGGUGGGUGAAUUCCUGGAAACUCGGAGUCCAGAAUGGGGAAAGCAGCGCUCGCAGGCUGGGAUUUCUUCUCAGAAGUUGCCGCUCAGACUUCGGCUGCCAGCGGCGUGUAGGAGGCUGCUGUGCCAGGGAACCACCAUCAGUCUUGCACGUUUGACAGAUAGCCAAUCAAAUCUGUUAUUCAAAUCGCUGCUCUUAUGUCAGUGACCUAUAUCCCCGGCAUGAACGGCAAAAUCCAGCAGUAACCUCCCCUCCAGUCCAGACAGCAUGGGGACCAACGGGAUCGAGGUCCAGGCGAAGUCCCGCACGGAGCAGCCGGGCGCAGCGCCGCAGAUGGAGCCCACAGACGCUCCCUCGGAGGCGGACGGCAGCAAGGAUGGACAGCCGGCGGGCAGCGCCGUCGAGCUGAUAGAGGGAGAGUCCAAGCCCACGCUCUCCGCCUAUCCUGAUGCUGAAGCUGGGGUGCAGCUGGAGAUGCACGGCCAGGGACCCGGAUUUGUCCCGCCAGAAGGAGGCUGGGGAUGGCUCGUGGUUUUUGCUGCAACCUGGUGCAACGGGUCCAUCUUCGGGAUUCAGAACUCUUUCGGGAUCCUCCAUACGAAGCUGGUGGAGGAGCACACUGACCCGGAGGACCAAACCUCCCAGUUCAAAGUGGCCUGGGUCGGGGCCCUGGCCAUGGGCAUGAUCUUCUUCUGCUCUCCUGUGGUCAGCAUGUUCACAGACCGCUUCGGCUGCAGGAAGACCGCUGUCUGUGGGGCAGCAGUGGCUUUCAUAGGGCUUCUCACAACAUCAUUUGCAAACUCCCUAAUCCUUCGCUACUUCACAUAUGGGAUAUUGUUCGGUUGUGGCUCUUCCUUUGCCUUCCAGCCGUCAUUAGUGAUCCUCGGUCACUACUUCCGGCAGCGACUGGGCCUGGCCAACGGUGUGGUGACGGCCGGAGCCAGUCUCUUCUCCAUGGGACUGCCAGUUCUUCUGAACAUACUGAUUGACCCUCUGGGUCUUAGCAGAACCUUCCAGAUUCUCAGCCUCUUCAUGCUGGUUCAGGCCCUGCUGGCAUUAACAUUCAAACCUUUACUUCCUACCGGGGGAGGCAUGGGCCCACCGGGGAUGGGCCCUGGCCCUGCUGAAACCCAGACCCAGGCCUCGGCUCAGGGGAUGAGCAAGUGGAGCAAGGUCGUUGCUGGGAUUAGGAAGUACUUCAACCUGCGUGUGUUUCACAUCGUGACGUACCGGGUGUGGGCGUUCGGAGUAGCAACAGCUGUGCUGGGAUACUUUGUGCCAUAUAUCCAUCUGAUCAACUUUGUGAAGGAAAAGUUCACAGAGAAUGAAAAGGAAUGGGUGCUGCUGGUUUGCAUCGGAGCGUCGUCGGGGGUGGGACGACUUGCCUUUGGAAAAAUUGGAGACCUCAUUCCUGGUCUACAGAAGAUCUACAUGCAGGUGGCAUCCUUCAUGGCCCUGGGCCUCAUGUCCAUGAUGAUUCCUCAGUGUGCGGUGUUCGAGGCGCUGGUGGUGGUGUGUGUGUUCCUGGGGCUUUGUGAUGGUUGCUUCCUCACUAUGAUGGCUCCUAUCGCCUUCGAGCUGGUUGGCCCCAUGCAGGCCUCUCAAGCCAUAGGUUACCUUCUGGGCCUUAUGUCCCUCCCAAUGACGGCAGGUCCACCAAUUGCAGGUCUCCUUCAUGACUACUUUGGCGACUACACAGUAGCUUUCUCCCUGGCUGGGGUACCACCUAUGAUUGGGGGCAUGGUGCUGUUUUUUGUGCCCCUGAUCCACCGCAGGGUCCAGCGAAACCAAGCGUCGCCCGAGGAGACGUCGACGACUGCCCACAUGUUGCCCACCACCCCACCUGCCGGGGAACCCAAGAGCUGCUCCAACGGAGACAUCCUGCCUGGUUACACAGACGUAGAGACACACAUCUGACUCACGUCUUACAAAGAUGGCAUACCUUUUAAACCUGCAAGGAUUCAGCCCACCAGCACUUUUUUCAUCCCUUGAAUCGCCUGUAUCUUUCACAGAAGUCUCACCUUUGGACUUCAUUUCUGGUUUACCUUUACUCUCUAACCCUUCCAAAUCUCUGCCGGUUGUUUGCUUUUUUUUUUUUUUUUUUUUGCAAAGAAAAGUUCAGAAGCGCACGCCAGCCAGAACCAGCAUGGAGGGAUAGAAGAUGGGGGUUCAGCACUGGAUGAGCGCAACAAAUUCUCAACGAGAAAAGUUUUCUCAUCAGAACUGUGUUAAAAACACACAAACCCCCGAGGAGGAGGGGGAGAAGAGAGAUCAGCAGUAGAUUAUUCUACAUCAUUUAUCUUGCAGUCAUUUUAUUUUUUUAGUUUUUUAAGUAAAUCCAUUCUUAACAUGAAAAGCAAGACGAGAGAUGCAUUUUCUAUGCAAUUUCUGCAGUUUCUAUGUAUUGAACCUCCUACAUAUAUGUUAGGAGCUCAUCCAUUUUAUUUAGUUUGUGUUUCCUAAACAUUCUUACUUUCAUGGGUUUAUAGUUUAUUCUGCAGCUUCUGCUUUCUUUCCAAACCACCAGUAAAUGGGCUAUUCCUCUCACAGAUGAGCCACUAAACACAAUCACCUCAAAUUAGCUGCAGACAACUUUUAGGUCCUGACCUUUACGCUGUAGGAACAGGCGGGGUCAGAAUCGUCAGCAGAGCCUCUUCGAGCUCCUCUUUCAGGAGACAGACGUGUAGAUCUGGCAGCUGGUAGUAUGUUACAUGUUUUUUUGGGGGGGGUUUUCGGUUCUCUAUUUUCAAUUUUGAUCCGUUCCUUCUCACUGCCUGGGUACAAGUUUAGUUUUACAGUCAAAUGUGUAAUAGGUUGAGCAUAUUACUGAUAUCUAGUCAUCAAACCUUCCGUUGUGCUACCUUUUCUAUGUUUAAUAAGGUGCUAGAUAAAUCUGCUUUCACUGUGUUUCUGAUAGCUUUGAAAAAUAAUCAACUGUCACUUUAUUUUGCUGUUUUAGUGGAAAGGAACUCGAUUAUGGAGCUGUUAAGAGAGAUCUAGUAUUCUUUCUAUAAUCUUUUUUAUUUUAAAUACGUACAAUAUGUUAGAAUAAUGUUAAAGUUGAAACAUUUUCUUUUUUUUUAAAUGUGUGUUCCUGUUUGUGCACACACAAAGUUAAUUACCAAUGGACAGCUGAGCUACAAUAAUGUAACUUUGAUAGAUCAGUAAAUAACACUAAUCUUCUGUUGUGGGACGUUUUAGUGCAUUUAUGAACGUACGAUUACUCAACUUUGACUUUUAAACAGCAUUUAUAAUAAUUUUACACCUACUCCUUUUCAGCUGUGUUUUGAUUUGUACCUUUUAAUGGCUAAAUUCAUUUUUAGGACUGAAAUAGAGAAAUGAUAUGAAGAAAAAACAAAUUGGAGCCAAAAGUUACCAAAGACUGAUAAUGUUACUUCUCUAACACCAAACUGCCAUUAAAGCAAACAAUAUCCACUCCAGACAAUAGAACGUUAUUCUGAGAUACUCAUUAAACCGUCACCUUAUGAAAGGAGUCUAAAGCCCCCUCUGCCUGUAACCUGCAAGUAAAAAACUCAUUUUGGAUAGUAAAAUUCUGUCAGGAUUCAUCUUAAAUAUUUAAAUUUUUCCUCUGGUUCUGACCAGUCUUGUUACUCCAAUGCCAACUAUCACCAGAGUACGUUAUAUUAGCAAACCAUGUGGUUUUAUUUCUGAAAAAUUUUCUAAAAGGAAAAACCACAACAGAACACAAACGUUCUGAUCCACUGCAGUCGUGACCUCUGCAGUGUUGCUCUUUAGUUUUAAGGUUGAGGCUGGUUGCAGUGUGCCAGCUGAUUAUUUUGAUUGCAGACUUUUUGAAUUGAUGUUGCCAAACGAGGCAAGCUUGGGCCGUUUCUUAGAUGAUUGCAUUCAUUUUCGGCUUUUCAUUAGACUCACUGGAGGGCACAGAAUAUUGUUGAGGCAGUAAUGAAACACAUCACACCCCUGGCGACCCUGACGGGGCAGUUUGCAGUAAUUUCUCUCACCGGGUCCACCUGCUUCUCCUGAACUGUAGACUAGAGUGUGAAGCAACGCUGCACUGCUCAAGCAUUAUGUUAGAAACAGGAACAGCAAAAGGUGAAGUGGGGAAAAGGGAAUGCUGAACUAAGUUCUCAGCUAACUUUCCCUAUUUGUUUAGAUUUUUUUGUCAUCAGGUCUGAUGCUGUGCUGUAACAGCGUGCAGCCUGAAAGUCACACAAACCUCUUCUCUUGAGAGGUUUCCUGCUGGCUCUGCCAGACGACUGACAGUUCCUGAUCAUUUAUACCUCAGUAAUCUGCUGACCUUCUCCAUUUCUCGUAUUUUUCUGUGUGUGUGUCGUAUUUCUGUUUUUGUGUGAGCCACAGUUCUGCCACAUGCUGUUCAUUGAUCAUGCCAACAUUCUCUUCCAACAUUUUUGUUCUUCCUGUUGACUUUCUCUUUAUUAGCUCUCGGUUUUUACUUUUUUUGUUCACAGUUUAAACGUCCCUGCUAUGUGUCUGUAGGGUGGUCUUUUUUUAUGUCCUUUUGCUAACGAAACCUUUAGAUAAAUGUCAAAUAUUCUUAAAUUAAUCAAUAGAAACACUUGACUCUGAAGACAGGAGAUCAGAAACACCGGUUUGACUAAGUUUUUAAGCUUUUAAACUAAAUAGAGAAGUGCGUUGAUAUUUAGCUCCUAGACUGAAGCAAAAAUAUUCAAUUAUUGUCAGAAUUAAACUUUGCACUUAGUGAUCCCUGUAAGUAAAGGAGGGCCCACUGUCGCUAAAGUCACACAUUGUGGAAAAGGUUUGGGGGUGUAAAUGUUUUCCAAAGGGCCAAAUCUUCUGGCAGCCAUAAAGUAGGACAUUGAGGUGAAACCAGCUGCCAUUUAAUAAGUGAUAUAGAUUCUGUUUAUAUGUGGUCUGAGUGGUUAUUGUUUGCCCUGUUUUAUAAUGACUUUGUCGUCACUUUGUUAGUCAGCAGCUUUCACCUCUGUCUUUUUACGCAAGUCGUUUUUUGUUCUCCAAAGGCCUAAAACCACGUGAUGAUGUGUUAACCUGUGAAAACCCUCGAAUGGAAAUCUGCCUUACAUUAACCGUGUCAUUAGCAGGUGGCCCAGCUGCACACCAGAACAGGAUUCGCCUUUAGCUUUGAAGAAUUCCUGCAUCUCCUUGCUCAGUGUGACUUUUUACAAAUUAAAAGUAAUCAAACUUUACUUUCACCUACUUUCUAGAACCAGCCAGGUGCUCCUUCUUCUCAACUAUUGUAGAUUUUAAAGAGGAAGCGGACUGAUUCGAUGUAAUUUGUAAUGGUUUUGAGUUAUUAUUUGUUGCUGUUUGCAUUGAAAGUGCUGGCAGGAGAUUUGCUGUGCUGGCUUAUCUGUGAAGAUUAGAGCUAAUACAGAAUGGUGAAGGAUGUAGAGUGAUAGAAAGCAUUUGGAUGGCUGAAGGCGUGUCUGAGUUUUCGCUUGCCAAAGUUUUUUUUUUGUCUAUGCAGCAUCACUGGUCCUGUUACUCUGACCGCUGAAUUCUGAAUACGCCAGACUCCCGAUGAUACAGUGCCUUAAAAAUGUGUUCAUGCUCUUGCACUUUGUCACAUUACAGCCACAAACAUCAGUGCAUUAUAUUGUUUUAUGUGACAGGCAUAGUGGUGUGUAGACUACAGCUGCAGGUGUUUAUUGUGACGUCACUACCGGAGACGAUUGUCGAUUUUUCCCAGCAAAACAGCUCACGCUUAGUCAGAUUACAUGGACAACGUUUGCAGAAGUCAUUUCUCAAGCCUUAGCACUAAUUCUCAAUUGGAUUUAAUUCAAGCUUUGAUUAGGCCAUUCUGUCAAAAGAUGGCGCCUGAAUCAUCCAGUCAGAGCUACAAUGAAAUGGUCAAAUUCAUAGUCACUUUUCAAAUGUGAAUCUCAAAUCUUUCCCAGCCUCUAACAAGUGUUUCUCCAUGGGGUUGUUUGUGUUGCCAACCAAAAGAUGUGCAUCCCACAGCAUGUCGCUGCCAUCACCAUGUUUCACACUGACAAGGGUGUGUUUGUUGUUUGAAACAUUCAAACAAAUGUUUAUGUUUUCAUCUAAAACAUAGAUGUUUGGGCCCAUUCAUUUGAUCCACAUCUUCAACCAGCUUCCCUGAUUUUGGCGGUAGCAUCCCCAUAGCAUGACGCUGCCACCACCGUGUUACACCGGUGGCAUAGUGUGUUCUUUUUUGUUCUGUCAGGUUUGAUGUAUGGUCAUGUCUUGGUAGGCUUCACAGUUGUGCCAUACUACUUCAAGAUCCUGGUGGAGUCUGUUUGCUUAUUCGGCAACUUUUGGUUGAACUGAACCUCAUGUAGUAUCAAAGUAAAAAGAUUUUAAACCACAAUUUUCAUAUUUGCGCAACAUUUCCCAAUCACUGUUCUCUGUCGGUCUGUUGCAUAAAGUCCCACUGAAAUACACUGAGGUUUGUGGUUGAAACAAAAAUAAAUGUGGAAAUUUGAUUCCAGGAGCCUGAAUACUUUUGCAAAGCACUGUAAAUGUUUAUCCAGCAUUCAAAGCUACGAGCUGCAGUAGAUAUGCACAGUGGGGCCUCUUGUGUUUCACUUUCAUGAGCUCCAGACACUAAUACUAGUUUUUAAUAAUAGUUUUGAACAUGUGUUUUUCUAAUUAAUAACCACCCAGGCUUCCUUUCUUUGUAUUUCUCUCAAGUCGCUCUCCUAACAUGCAGACUGUCCAACCACACAGUCUGCAGGUUGAAGCCUCGGUGUGGGAAGUAUGAUUCAUGCUCUGUUUAAUGUGUGACGAGGUAAAACCUCCCUAGGGCCCAAUCCCCAGUUGUUCCAUCGCUCUGGAAUUAAUGCUAACCAGGUCGGGUGAACUUGAAAGAAUUUGAGUUGUAUGUUUAAGCAAUUAAUUUAUUUCUCUUAUUUAAAAGCGGCCAGUAGGGAAAAGCUGGCCUCUUAAGUUUCAUCUUAUUAUUGGACUCACUGGCUUGAAAUGAGUCCAGACGUUUUGUAUCUCCCCAGUCUUGUUAUUCUGCCGUGCAGCGGGCCAUUCCUCUGGACUCCUCUGACCUCAGUCUGCUCUACUUUUUAACUGGUGUGCUUUACCUCGACUCCAAACCACAUUAACACCCGAAACCGAUAGCUGAAGGACCGAUUGUUAGAAAUCUGAGCCAUGAUACACAACAUGUCUGCACCUCAUUGACUGCCGGACUUCCAGCAAGAAUACUCUGUUGUAUUUUUGCCAGCAAAGAUCUGAAUUUCUCAGUACCAUGUGAACCUUUCUGUGUCUUUCAUAUGUGACAUAAACUACAAAGUUUUUAUAUGUGUGUUGCCAUUAUUCCAGCUGCAGAUGUGUUUUCACAGUUACCGUUUGGUGUUGCUGGUCAUUGUUGUUUAUGGUCCUACGUUCAUGGUCAGCCCAGGCCUUCCCGCAGCCUUACAUGUUGAAAUAUGCAGAGACUUCCAGUGCAGAAGUCCGUUAAACUUUCUUUCUCUGUAAACUCCAGCAGGUUGCUGAAACUAAGCCUCUUUUGCCUCUCCGCACUUUGCAAAGCUGCAAGCUUCUGUCCCACACCAGCUCUACCGUUUCAUCCUUUUGUUUAAUCCAAUGUACAACAUGAUCUAACAUGGUCAGUGAGCACAUUAGAUUGGGAAUUUAAGUCAUGCUGCUAGGAAAAAUUGUCUUUGUUUUUUUGUUAUAAUUUUGUUCCUCAUCAAAAGAGUCAUGUUUUUUUUCUAUUAAACUUUCAAUAAAGUGUAAAAUUGGA